AUUAAUUGAUCAGUCCAUCGAUGGUGAAACAUGCGAUAACAGGCUAUCACUGUGCAGUAGAUGAACAUGCAUAGAGGCGCAUCAAUGUGAGAGUCCAUGCAGAGUAGUAGGUCAGGCUACAGUAAAUAGACUGAGUAGGAGUAGUCCUAGUACUCCAGCAAGCAGCAUAGGUUGGCUAUAGGGAGCAGUGUGCAGACGUCGCUCGCCGCAUGUGCACGCCUGUGUGUGCACGCAGACGAGGGGAAAAAGCUGAUUUGAUAUAAAUAGCACAUGUUCAAAUUAACUCGCUUAUUCCGGGCACGCACGUUGGAUGCUUUACUCUAUGGAUAAUAUGAGAAGGAGAAGAGGAAUGUGGCUAUAAUUAAUGAAUAGUCUGCUCGUUUUAGUGGGGAUAUUUUAAGCAAGCAAAACAAGAGACCUGUCUAGUAAUGGAGAACCAUGCAGCAGAGCUGCUACAACAGCAGCAGAGCUACGAGGACGUUCGGAAAAGCGGGUAUCUCCGUAAGCAGAAAUCUAUGCACCGGCGAUUUUUCGUUUUGAGGGAAGCCUCGGAAGAGGGCCCUGCCCGUCUAGAAUAUUAUGAGAACGAGAAGAAAUUCCGAAGCAAGUCACCUGUCCCGAAAAAAGCGCUGAAUCUGGAGACUUGCUUCAACAUCAACAAGCGGGCGGAUUCCAAGAACAAGCACAUGAUAGUGAUGUAUACCCGCGGGGAGAGCUUUGCCAUUGCAGCAGACAGUGAGGAUGUCCAGAAUGAAUGGUACCAGGCCAUGCUGGACCUUCAGUGGAAAUAUAAAAACCCAGAGGACUGUGGUAGUGGUGGAGAGUGUGGACUCCCCUCUCCUCCAGGCCCCACCUUCAAGGAGGUGUGGCAGGUCAAGGUGUGGCCUAAAGGGCUUGGCCAGGCCCGAAACCUAGUGGGCAUCCACCGUCUGUGCCUGACCGACAAGACGGUCAACUUUGUCAAGCUCAACUCUGACGUGGCCGCUGUGGUCCUACAACUGAUGAACGUGCGUCGCUGCGGCCACUCAGAGAACUUCUUCUUCAUCGAGGUGGGCCGCUCGGCCAUGACAGGGCCUGGGGAGUUCUGGAUGCAGGUGGAGGACUCGGUGGUGGCCCAGAACAUGCAUGAGACUCUGCUGGAGGCCAUGAAGGCACUGAGUGAGGAGUUCCGCCAGCGCAGUAAGUCUCAGUCUGUGGGUGCUACAAGCGGCGGGGGCACCGCCUCCAACCCCAUCAGUGUCCCCACCCGCCGCCACCACCCCAAUCUGCCCCCCAGCCAGGUGGGCUUUGGCAGACGAGCCCGGACUGAGACCCCUGGAGCAGGUGGAGCCAACUGCACCAGCACCUCACCAACGCCACGCCACGGGUUACCCAGGGCACGCACAGCCAGCAUCGGGGGAAGGACAGAGGAGAGUGGAGGUGGAGCCAGAGGGGCAUGGGCAAGCUCCAGUCCCAGCCUGAACGGAUCUUGUUCCACUACACCCACCCUGAGACCCAAGCCCACCAGAGCUCCAACCCCAGCUAAGAUCACUCUCAGCCUGGCCCGCUACACCCCCAACCCAGCCACCUCCCCAGCCCCAAGCCUCUCCUCCAGCUCUGGUCAUGGCUCAGAGUGUGGACUAGUCGGAGGGGCAAUGGGAGGUGUAGCGAUCUGUUCUUACACCCGCGUCCCUCAGAGAGUAUCUGUGUCGGGUUCCCCUAGUGACUACGGCUCCUCAGACGAGUAUGGCUCCAGCCCUGGAGAGCACUCCCUACUGGUCCCCAGUCUACCUGGAGGGUCCAAUGGUGGAAUGAGACACCAUGCUCAUGGAGAGGGCUCUUCCAGCUACAUAGUGAUGGGCCAGAGAGAGAGCCUCCCUGGGUCCCAUCAGCGUCCUCAGGGCCGCAGGAUGCUGCGGCGCUCCUCCAGCAGGGAGUGUGAGGCAGAGCGCAGACUCCUCAGCAAGAGGGCCUCCCUGCCCCUGACUGCCCACGAAUGCCUGGCCCCUCGUAGGAAGGAGGAAGAGGAGGAUACGGACCAAGAGUAUGCCGUCAUGUCACGGAGUGUUAGCAGGGACGCCUUUGUGUCACGGCGGCGCGGAUCAGGAGGCUUUGCAGCAGGGGGCUUGGAAGCAGGGGCCGUCGUUGGGGAGACCCAGGUGAGGGUUGAUGUGGUCCGAGGACAGGCGGGAGGAGGAGGAGCGGGACCAGUGGACAGUGGCUACAUGUCCAUGUUACCUGGAGUGACGGCUCCUCCUUUUUCCCUCUCCUUGUCUGUGGCCGUGUCUGACGUCAGCGCCAAGCCUGGGGCUGAUGAUGAGUACAUGGCCAUGACCCCCAACAGCAGCGUGUCCCCCCCCGAGCACAUCAGUCUGCCUGUCUCCGAGGGCUACAUGGUCAUGUCCCCCAACAGCAGCUGCUCCCCAGACAUGCAUGGAAUGGCCAUAUGGGGGAGCCGGGGCAGCAUGGAGAGCCGGGCUGGCAGUGACUACAUGAACAUGUCUCCUAUCAGCAUCCGCUCGGCUUGCAGCACACCCCCCUCACAACCUGAACAGAACCCGCUACAACACAAGAUGGUCUACUCCUACUUCUCUCUGCCACGAUCCUACAAACACACGCUCUCCACACGCUUUGAGGAUGACUUGGAUCAAGGGAAAAGGAAGGAGGGGGGUCAUAGUGACCAAGACAGUGCUGGAAAUCGGGGUGGACAAGUGGGCUACAGCAAGAGGGACACAGCCACAGUUGGCCCUGCAGGAGGCUGUCAACUCUCCCUCUCCUCUUCCUCCUUCUCUUCCAGCUCAGCUAGCAGUGAGAGCCUGGAGGAUCGGCCCAUGUCAGUGGCAGCUGGGGGAGGGCUACGACUAACAAGAACAGGGCCAGGGUUCAGGAACGGGGGAGCACGCUCUAAGGAUGGAUCCUAUCAGCAGAAACGUGUAUCGCAUGGCCCAGGGGGCCAGCAGAGGAAGCCUCGUCCCCUCAGUGUGUCUGUGGACAUGUCUAAAGCUAACACCUUGCCCAGGGUUAAGGAGAACCUCUUCCCCACAGAGCCUCAGAGCCCUGGGGAGUAUGUCAGCAUAGUGUUCAGGGGUGGUGACGUGGGGGGUAGGAGAGGGGGCCAGUGGGGGCCAGAGCACGGACUGUCAGUGACCCAUGGAACCCAGAGGCCCCGUCACCGUCCAGCCCUCUGCCACGGUGACUCCACCAACCUCCCCCGCAGCUUCUCUGCACCGCUGGCCACCUCUGCUGCCUUGGCUGCCUCUACUGAGUACGUCAACAUGGAUUUGGGGUUGGGAAACUCCCCUUGCCCCUCCACUGGGACCCCUGUUAAAUCACCUUUUUGCCCGCCCCCAGCUAUUGCCCCCAAGCCCCCAGUUGUGGCCCGUAAUAGGCCCUCUCCUAGGGCAGCAGAGGGCGAUGUAGGUGGGCAUAGGGCUGCAGUGCCAACAGACUUACCCACUUCAUAUACAAACUACAUAGAGAUGGCCUUCAGCAUAGUUUCAGAGCCUAACCCUGCAGCGCCCGCCAUGCAUGCUGCCCAAGCUUCAUCAAUGGAGCAGGAAUCAGGCUUGGACUUCCCCUCAGCAAGGUCCUACUCAUCUCCUGACCAGAACCAGAGCAGCAGGCUGGCCAGAGACAGGGUUGGCAGGGGCGACCAACUGGGACGGAGACGCCACCGCUCUGAGACAUUCAUCAUUACUCCUCCCCCUCUCCCACUCCAGCUGUCCUCCUCAGGCUCCUUGUUCUUGGAUAGUGCCCAGGCAGCAGCACCUCAUCGACAAGGAGGACUAGAGAGGGGUUCACCAUGGGAGAAAGCCCGGUCAGAUGCAGCAUCCCAGGCUUCGUCCUCUGGGUCUUCUAAACAAGGCCUUAACUACAUUGAUCUGGAUCUGGCCUUUAAUAAGGACAGCUCUCAGAAUGAACUGGAGGGGGGAGCCACUGCCCCCCAUAACAUCUUCGUUCCAGUCCACAAUGGGGCUGGUGGGGGAGUCAUGAUGGGAGACAUUACUGGUUUGGGGAACAACCCUGGCUACGCCAGUAUUGAUUUCUUCAAAUCAGAGGAGUUGAGGGCACUUCACCAGAGCAGCAGGAAAGAUGGAAAAGAAUGUUAAUGAUCCAUCUUGGUCUGGACAUGGCUCCUGGCGUUGCGCAGCACUGUCCUAACUAACCAUGGUGGGAUUGGUUGGCAACAGUCUGUUAACCUUCUGACCUUACUCACUGGAAGAGGAGUAAGAGAGGUGAAGGCAAACCCAUCAAAUCAUCAUUAACUCUUUGUCAUCCUGUCCAGUUGUUGCUAUCCAAUACUAAUGUGUGCCAAAAGACUACUGGUCCAAACCAACACAACAGGGUUCGCUGAGGUAGAAGAAUAUAGCCAAUCAAGAUUACAUUUUUUUUUCUCCUUAACAUAAUCUUAUGGAAAUUGUUAUACAAAUGUGAAAUAGUAGAAAGGUACAUACUAAAAAGUAUAUAGUAUACAUAUGUUGAUGAAAGCUACAUAAAUAAAUACAUCUAUAUAUAUAUUAUACUUUUUAAAAAGUGCCUAAUGUUUUGUUUGUAGACAUUUUUACACAGGGAAUCUGGAACUGGUCUGUGAGAGGGAAAACUAUGUUUAUGUCUCAAAUGUCAUUUUGUGUUAAGCAUAUUGUAAAUAUGUUGAAAAUGACAGGAAACAGAGUUUUAGUUAUAUAGUAAGCAUAAUCAAACUGCCUUACUGUGUUUGAACUGUGCUAAAAGAAUAGCCUCUUUACUUUAUGCUGUGCCUCACUCUUCAGCCACAAUGAACACUCUCGUUUCCUCUCCUGCCUGAACCCUACCAGUACCAGCUGGAGCUAAGCCAAAAACCAGCGCUGUAUAAUGCCAACCACACACACACACAUUUGAAUAGUCAUCCGUGUUGUUCAGCUGAGUAGGUGAGGUUGAUAGUCUUCACAUUUACUGCUGUGACAUUUACUACUUGUGUUUGCCAGAAUAUUAUGACACUAACAGGCUGAGAGCGGUAUUGAACGUGUGAUCAAUGUGAUUAAAGAAUGCUGUGCGUGCAGGUGCGAGAGAAAGAGCAUGAUUACAGUGGUGCUGGAUAUCAGUUAUUGAAGAUAUUUCCAGACCACGUUAUGGCCUCCCACAAUGAUCAACAGGGUCAUUGUUAUUUAUGGAAUAAUAAUAUUAAUUUCUUUCCCACAUGCUUUAUAACCACAGUGACUGAAAAUCAUAUCACACACACAUCCAUCCCCUGUAGCCUGGUUCGAGAUCUGUUUGUUCUUUCUUGCCAACUCAAGACAGCACAAACAGAUCAGGCACCAGGCUACGUCCUCUGUGCAUCUGAAAAAGACACUCAAGUGCCUGGCUGCCUGUGUUAUUUGGUGUCCACACACUAACGGUUACCCUCACUCAUUCUCACGAAGUCCCCCCUUCCCUUAUAUCCCACUUCCCUUCCCGUACCAGUUAGAUAUUCUUGCAGAAAAAAACAAGUGGUAUUUUUGAUGUGGUGAUUCAGUUUUAUGAAAUCCCUUUAACCAUUUGAACAUAGCCCAUUACUGCCAGUAUCUUGUGCUUUAAUGCAGAGAACUUUAGUGCCAAAAUCCUGUAUUACAUAGGCUGUGUUCACACAGGAAGCACAAUUCUAAUCUAUUUUUCAGUCAUUGGUAUUUAGACCAAUCAGAUCAACUAUGAAAAAAAUCUCAUGUGAAAAGAUCUUAUGUAAUCGGUCAAAAGACCAAUUAGUGGAAAAAACAUCAGAAUUGGGCUACCUGUGUAAACACAGCCAUAGAUCAAUGGAUUACUCAUACUUCACUAUGGUAGACUUACUCUGUUUUUGAUCUUAAGUUUGUCUCACCAUACAGGCCAAUGGCAUUGCUUGAUGUGACUUUUAUAAUAUACCUUUCUUUUUUAUUCUCUUCAAAUUAUUAUUAUUAAUUGGGGAUUUCCAUUAAUGAGCUUCUCUUACCUCAUAAUCAUGUCUAAAGAAUUUGAACAGACGUGACAGUUGGUGUUAAAUCCCCAAGGUCGUCUGAGAAGGUCCCCUACGUUUUGGUUCACUUAACUACUGUGGCCAAGGCCAAGUCCAGUUAAGAGUCUUUCGGUUGGACUGGGUAUCGUUAGACCAUCUUUUAAUGCCUUAUUAUUUUCAAUAUUAACUCUCACAUAAUACCACACAGCAGCUGUAUAAAGGCGCUUUGCAUUCUAGAAUAACCAGAAUUCUGACAAGUCUGAAGAUUCUUAGUUUGGUGAUCUGCAGAGACGUGAACAAAGGGAUGUAGAAAUGGGACAUACAGUACCUGUCAAAAGUUUUGGACACACCUACUCAUUCAAGUUUGGACACACCUACUCAUUCAUUUUUUUACCAUUUUCUACAUUGUAGAAUAAUAGUGAAGACAUCAAAACUAUGAAAUAACUUAUAGGAAAUCAUGUAGUAACCAAAAAAGUGUUAAACAAAUCAAAAUAUCUUACAUUUGAGAUUCUUCAAAGUAGCCACCCUUUGCCUUGAUGAAUGCUUUGCACAAUCUUGGCAUUCUCUCAACCAGCUUCAUGAGGUAGUCACCUGGAUUGCUUUUCCAACAGUCUUGAAGGAGUUGCCACAUAUUCUAAGCAGUUGUUGGCUGCUUUUCCUUCCCUCUGCGGUCCAACUCAUCCCAAACCAUCUCAAUUGGGUUGAGGUCGGGUGACUAUGGAGGCCAGGUCAUCUGAUGCAGCACUCCAUCACUCUCCUUGGUCAAAUAGCCCUUACACAGCCUGUAGGUGUGUUUUGGAUCAUUGUCCUGUUGAAAACAAAUGAUAGUCCCACUAAGCACAAACCAGAUGGGAUGGCAUAUUGCUGCAGAAUGCUGUGGUAGCCAUGCUGGUUAAGUGUGCCUUGAAUUCUAAAUAAAUCCCAGAAGGUGUCACCAGCAAAGCACGCCCACACCACUUCCUCCAUGCUUCACCGUGGGAACCACACAUGCGGAGAUCAUCCGUUCACCUACUCUGCAUCUCACAAAGACAAGGCGGUUGGAACCAAAAAUCUCAAAUUUGGACUCAUCAGACCUAAGGACAGAUUUCCACCGGUCAUUGCUUGUAUUUUUUGACCCAAGCAAGUCUCCUCUUAUUAUUGAUGUCCUUUUAGUAGUGGUUUCUUUGCAGCAAUUAGACCAUGAAGGACUGAUUCACCCAGUCUACUCUGAACAGUUGAUGUUGAGAUGUGUCUGUUACUUGGACUGCAAUCUGAGGUGCAGUUAAUUGCAGAUUCCUGAGGUUGGUAACUCUAAUGAACUUAUCCUCUGCAGCAGAGGUAACUCUGGGUCUCCCUUUCCUGUGGCGGUCCUCAUGAGAGCCAGUUUCAUCUUAGCGCUUGAUGGUUUUUGCGACUGUACCUGAAGAAACGUUCAAAAUUCUUAAAAUGUUCCGUGUUGACUAAUCAUCAUGUCUUAAAGUAAUGAUGGACUGUCGUUUCUUUUUGCUUAUUUGAGCUGUUCUUGCCAUAAUAUGGACUUGGUCUUUUACAAACUAUGGCUAUCUUCUAUAUACCAACCCUACCUUGUCACAACACAACUGAUUGGCUCAAAUGCAUUAAGAAGGAAAGAUAUUCCACAAAUUAACUUUUAACAAGACACACCUUUCAAUUGAAAUGCAUUGCAGUGACUACCUCAUGAAGCUGGCUGAGAGAAUUCCAAGAGUGUGCAAAGCUGUCAUCAAGGCAAAGGGUGGCUACUUUGAAGAAUCUCAAAUUUAAGAUAUUUUCAUUUGUUUAAAAAAAAAUGUUUACUACAUGAUUCAAUAGGUGUUUUUUCAUAGUUUUUAUGUCUUCACUAUUGUUCUACAAUGUAGAAAAUAGUAAAAAUAUAGAAAAACCCUUGAAUGAGUAGCUGUCCAGACUUUCGCCUGGUACUUUAUAUACUGAGACCCCUCACCAUAUCAAAGGUUACACCUGUUGUUGUGGGAAAAGGGUAUUUUAAGUACAAUCAGGGUAAUGUAGGAGAGAGCUGUGUACUUAUUUAAUGCUAUUAAUAAUACUAUGACUGACUGAUGUAUUCUAUUGUAAAGAGGAGAAGGACAAGGAUCUAUGAGUAUGCACAGAAUUCUGUGUAUAAGGGGGUAGGCGUCAGGGGAGGGAUAUGGGCAUGAGGUUCAUGGAAAUGUUAUGGAAAAGAUUUCUGUUCAAAACAGAAUAAUGUUGAUGAUUAUUGCCUGUGAUGUAAACAAUGUCACUUUGUUUCUUUGAAAAGCUAAGAAAUGAAAUGGA